AUGCAGAACCAGGAGCCACAGAUAGGACAUAUGCCUGUGGCGCAGCCCAAGAUGCCUGCUUCGUCCAGUCGUAUUCUUUACGACAUUCCAUGUAAGGUGUGUCGGGACCAUUCUUCGGGAAAACACUAUGGUAUAUUUGCGUGCGACGGAUGUGCCGGUUUCUUCAAGAGAUCGAUACGGAGGAAUCGUCAGUAUGUCUGCAAGGCGAAGUCUAAAGGUGGUUGCAUGGUGGACAAGACGCAUCGGAACCAAUGUAGAGCGUGUCGUUUGGCCAAGUGCAUUCAAGCCGGUAUGAACAAGGAUGCUGUGCAACACGAACGUGGCCCACGAAACUCGACUCUACGGAGGCAGAUGGCUUUGUACUUUAAAGAACCCGAAAUGAUGGCUAACAUGGUGCCCCCACCAGCAGCGGCUUUGGAUCUAGCUUUGCCCAAACCACCGACAGAACCUCGAGUUUCCGUGGCAGCGCCAGCCCCUCAUCAUCCCCUUCCACAUCCUGUUUACUGCAACAGCAUGGCCCUGUCCAAGAUUCCAAUGACUAUGGCGGGUCUGCCAUCGCUGCCGCUGAUCCCAGCGAUAACCGCGGAGUCCAUUUGCGAGCAAGCAGCCAGACUACUUUUCCUGAACGUCCACUGGGCCAGAGAUCUCGCAGCAGGGACGAACCUAACCAUAGAGGACCAGCUGACUCUUCUGGAGUCCUCCUGGAGAGAACUGUUCCUACUCGCAGCCGCGCAGAUACUGCCAACCCUGGACCCAACUGCUCUGCUCCCGCCAGGUCCUCAGGGUCUCGGUCUGGCCGUGGAAGUGAAUCGAUUCAGGGAAACCCUGGCUGGCUUCCACGCGAUGAGCCUCGAUCAGCACGAGUUCGCGUGCAUCAGAGCGAUCGUGCUGUUCAAAGCUGGAUUGGACAGCGAACCUCUGCCUAGCAGCAGGAGCAGCAACGGGUCAGCGUCACCGAGUACCGGAAGUAGGCUCAGAGACGCUGCAUCAGUUGCAAGACUGAGAGAUGGAGCGCAACUGGCACUCGGACAGAGGCUCAGUGGCGCCUCCUUUGGUGCUUUGAGGUUUGGAAAGCUGCUGUUGCUGCUACCCACGCUUCGUUCCGUUUCUGCUCACGCGAUCGAGGAGCUGUUCUUCAGGAGAACCAUCGGGGUCAUCCCGAUCGAGAGGAUCAUCUGCGAUAUGUACAAGGCUGCUUGA